GCGUCCACAUGUCUUCAUCAACAUCCUCCAAACCUCCAAACCCUCCCGUUGUCAUUCCAAGCGCAGGUUCUGGCAAGAACAUCAUCGUGAACCCCGCACAACGCCUGAAUCCCGUACUCGAACACAUUCGCAAUGUGGGCAAGGAAUUCGGUGAUAUACUCUCAGAUUACCAAGUCGGCCGAACAACCGGAGUCCUGUUCCUCAGUCUGAAAUACCAUCGUUUGCAUCCUGAAUACAUCCAUCAACGCAUCGAGCGGCUGGGUCAUUCAUACAGCCUUAGGAUACUACUUCUGAUGUGCGACGUUAGCGAACAUCAAGAACCCAUCCGUGAGCUCACGAAGGUCUGUUUGAUCAAUAACAUCACAAUCAUCGUUGCAUGGAGUCCUGAAGAGGCAGGCAUGUACCUGUCAACGUUCAAGCAGUUCGAGCAUCGUCCUCCCGAUAUGAUCAAAGAACGCGUUGACAAGGAUUACUUUUCCGUCCUUCGUAACUCGCUUACGAGCAUCAGCAAAGUCAACAAGACCGACGUCGAAACCCUGAGGACAUCAUUCGGCAGCUUUGCCCGAAUUGCGUGUGCGUCAUCGGAUCAGCUGCAGAAACUUCCUGGGUUUGGCCAAGUCAAGGUUCGGCGGAUCAAGGAUGCGUUCGAGAAACCGUUCCGGCACCACGUCACCGACUCUGUGCCCACCACGAAUACCUUGCGAAGCGUUGCACAAUCUGAAUUUCGAGCUGACGACGCUGCAGCUCAGACUCAAAUUGACGAGGCUUAUGUAAGGCCGUCAACGUCGACAGCCUCCACCUCGGCACCUCGCCCACCACGCCCACGUUCCCCGGAUUGGGACAUGGAGUUUGACUCGUUGCCAAUAGAUGACCUGGAAGCUCUAUCUGACCAGCCCGGCCCGCGUCCUUCGCGUCCGGAGGACUCAGUGCGUGACACUGCAGCUCGGAGAAAACGAUCACCCUCGCCGAUCUGGGACCUCGAACUUGAUCUGAAUCCAUCGGACGAAGAAGGGCCGCCGCCGAAGAAACGACCAAAGGGACCAGACGCCGAUGCAGAGACCUCGUUUGGUUCCAAUACCAUCCUUACCAAUGAUUCGUGAGGUGAACUAAGCAGGCGCCGUGCACGGCGAAAUUGUAGUCUUAUUCAAAUCCGUAGACUGCGAAUCGGAUUCGCAUGACUGG